UUGUAUUAUGUUGUUUCCCUUUAAUGGGUUAUUGACCUAUAUUUACGUGUUUACACACAGCUCAACAUAAAUAUGCACAUUUUGUGAAUUAUUGGUUCUGGAUUAAUACAAGAUGUCAAGGUUGUUGGAUGCUAUAACAAAUCAUGACACAUACAUGUUAAAGAUGUUGACGUCAAUGUCUGGCUCGUGUAACCCACGUGAGCUUAAUCUGGGUCUUAUAAAAGCAGCAAGUCUUGGUUACUCGGAUUGUAUUAAAUGUCUUCUAGACGUCGGUGCUGAUAAAAAUUUCGUGAAUCAGUCAAACCAAACACCACUAUACGCUGCUGUUCAAAACAACAAAAAAGAAACGGUCAAGCUGUUGUUAGAAAACAACACGGAUGUUAAUUUGAUAAGUGGCCUUCAGCACCUGUCAGCAUUGCAUAUCGCUGCUAUGCGUGGUUACUCUGACAUAGUUGAUUUACUGGUGGAACAUAAGGCAUCUGUACAUUCGAGAGAUUAUGAAGGAAACACGCCUUUAGUCCUUGCUGCUCGAAACGGGCAUUAUUUACCCAUGAAAUCACUCUUGAAAGCCGGAUGUGAUGUGAACGCAGCUAACUAUGAAGGGUGUACAUCUUUGCAUUUCGCGUGCCAUAAAGCGCGAGGUUUUCAAGUUCUACUUGACGCCGGCGCAGAUCCUAAUGUUAGAGACAAUGAUAAUAUAACACCGCUGUUAAUGGCCGCUUCUGAAGGAUUCGAUAACGUUGUAAAAGCUCUGGUAGAUUUUAAAUGUGAUGUAAAUAUUCCCAAUGAUUCUGUCAAGAGAACAGCAUUACACUUGCUAGCAUAUAAAGGUCACGCCGAUUCAAUUAACGCUCUCGUGUAUGCAGGCGCUGAAAUUGACGCAUGUGACAUCUAUGGAAGGACUCCAUUGUGGUAUGCCAUUGAAAAUAAAAAAUCUGAGGUUGUUAGACUGUUACUGAAAUCUUAUAGUCACGUUGAUACAUUUCAGUGCCAAACUUCAUCAGAAGAAAAUUGUCCUGCUAAACUUGCUUUUAAAAGUCAGCAAUUUGAUGUUAUCAAGUUAUUUAUGUUGAGUGGAUAUGAACAUGCGCACGUGAGAGAGUGUUUGCAGAGUGACGAAUAUGCUGAUUGGGUAAGAUCUUUACAAGCAGAUGACGAGUUUUCGCAUUGGUUAGAUUUUGGUUCAAGUGCGCAAACGUUGAAACAGUUGUGCAGGAAAUGGAUCCGGCAUCAUCUGGGACGACAUUUUUAUCAUCAUUUGCAACAUCUUCCAAUACCGGAUGUGAUGAGAAAUUAUCUUCAUUUAGAAGAGCUUCUUGACCACUGAUGGAAACAGGAUUUACAUGACCACUGAUGGAAACAGGAUUUAGUGUUCCGCUACCUACUACCCAUAAACCUUGUGCAAUAAUAUUUUUACCAGGUGGACUCAGUAUUUAAAAGGGAUAUUCUUGACCCCUUGUUCUAUACUGUCAUAAUAGUAAUUCAGAAAUAAUCUAUACAGACUAUGCACCUUUCAAAUACAUACAUUUAGUAUGAUGGUCGGCAGUUUCAAUAGAAAUAUCAGCUGUUGGAUAAAUAAGCAUGUCGGUGUAUUCAUAUGUUCAAAAAAAAUCCCACAUUCCUUGAUUUAUGUUGCUAUGAGUUUAAUAAAGUACUGCCUUUAACUGUUUACUUAGUUGUAAAGUAUAUAAAUAUGAAAAAAGUGUUUUAGUUAUUAAGUUUGAUAAUACGGAUGUAUGCCGUAGAUACUGGUUCGGCGUUUACAUACAAUUGUUUAUAAAUUUGAUACGAAUGAAA